AUGGCCGGCCCUUUAAGCCGAUCCAACGAUGAUCGCGUCGAUGGAGGUCAAUACCGCGCCCCAGGCUUUGCUUCUCAUAUCGCCAAAUUGCGUGUAAAGAACAACGAGAAUAUACGCACAGUCUUUGCAGCAGGCUCCGGCGUGAAGAGCGCCCCUUCUGGUAGCGACGCCAUAGUGGAAGACAACGACUACGACUAUAACAACUACGACUACGACUACUAUAACUACGACUGCGAUGACAAAAACGAUGGUGACUAUGAAGACGACGGAGAAGAACAAGACGACAACUUCAACGACGGCCAAUAG